AUGAUAGUUGGCUAUGAAUUCGGUCAUCGCUUUCCUGAAUGGCAGCGAGCUCAGAUCAAGUUUGCCCGCACCGAGCAGUUUCAGCAAUGGUUCAUCGCAUCGGCUCCAGGCAACCCGGUGCUCCUUCGCUGUUUGGAGCUGAUCCGGCAACGCUACACCUGGAAGGUCGAGAGCACGUUGGAGUUGACGGGCCCCGGCGUCUUCAGCGACGCGGUCCACGAGUUUUUGGAAAUGAAGAGUCCUCACGCUGUGGAGAACGAAGUCAAGGUCCGACGUCAUCCCCCCGAUGUGCACUUCUUGUCCUACCCCAGUUGCUGGGUUCCAAUGGCGGCCAGCGCGCGGCGGUUUGGGGGCCAUCAAAGCCAGACAUGGUCAAAGAAGUUGGACUUUACCAUGACAAAAUGUGAUUGA